AUCACUUUUAUAAUGCUUCGCUUUGCUUUGCUAACUUUCGCGUGUUUGUUUGCUGCUGUCAGCGCCACAACAGUUCAGGAAUGUAAAAAUAAACCAUUCCCACUAAAGGUUGAAGUUGCAGACUGUGAAGAGCCACCAUGCACCGUAUAUAAGGGACAAUAUGCCAUUAUGGAUGUCACAUUUUUGGGUGACCGAAACAAUCUGAAGAACAUUACAACGAAAGUGCAAGCUAAAGUUUUUGGCAUGAAUCUGCCCUAUGAUCUGCCCGAGGAAGUCUCAAAUGUGUGCGAUAAUUUGCUAUACGGCGCAAUGUGCCCCAUCGAUAAGGAUGAAGAUGUCACCUAUCGGUUCAAUUUCUAUAUUGAGUCCGCGUUUCCCGAAAUUACCGCCGAUGUUACCGUGCAACUGAACGAUCUCGAUGGUAAUUCGAUCACUUGCUUUAUUUGUAGCUGCAAAAUUCGCAAGGGACCCUCAUCGUUGGUCUUGGAAAUCGACCAAGAUGAAAAACACGACGCCGAGGAAUGAUAUUAAACAAAAGAGUUGUAGCCGACGCGACACUUAUAAGCUGACUGAUUCAAGCACUAGCUGUUGACUAAAUAAACUUCGAAUUUCUAAA